CAGCUCCAUUGACAGUUGUGGCCUGGCCAACCCACCCCGCAAAAAAAUACACAAAACUCAACUCAACACACAACAAUUUCCUGCAAAUUUCAUUUUACGAUGUAUAGGAUGUGCAACCUAUCGAACUUGCUGAACUUUAUCAUCUGCAUAGCCAGCUUUAGCCAGACUUUUGAUGGAACUCUGGCGGUUAAGAGGGGUCCACAUCAUCCAAGGGGCGAAACGAGGAGAGUGGACCAGCAUCUAACGCAUGAGGAGCAUCGCAUUGAUGACGAUUUGAGGGACAUGGGCGUCCAGGCCAAUCUAGAGGACUUAAGCGAAGAGGAGAAAAUCUUCUACAUGUUCAAGGCCCAUGACAAUGACAAUAACAACGCCUUGGAUGGCCUCGAGAUGAUUCAGUCUGCCAUGCAUCAUAACUAUGACUAUUUUAAAAACAACGAGCGGGAUGAAUACCUUCAGAAUGCCACCGAUGAGUUGGAACACUUUAUAGAGGCUAUUGACAAGUUUUUGCUAAUAGCCGAUGACAACAACGACGGCCUGUUGCACUAUCCGGAAUUUGUCAAGGCCAUUACCGGUGGCAAGGAGCAACUGAAUGUGGACAGGAAUAUCCUACGCUAAUCUCACCAAGAUCUUGAAGACUAGCAGUCCUCAACGAAAACACAAAUACAGCCGAAGUAGACACAAUAAUAGACAUAGAAUAGUUAAAUUAUUUAGCAAAUAAUCUGAUUUCCAUGCUGAACCAUUUGAGACUGUACACCACAAGCAGAAACACCAAGCACUUGACUGCACCUCGUUUGUACUACAACCUAAUGAUUUAAUAUAAAUUUAAAUAGAUACAUAAAUAGUGUCA